AUGGCCAGCCACAACGCCCCCCUGGUCUGGAUCGACUGCGAGAUGACUGGUCUCAAUGUCGAUUCAGACCACAUCAUCGAGAUCUUCUGCCUCAUCACGGACGGCGAUCUGAACCUGCUCGACGAGGCAGGCUGGGGCACGGUGAUACACCAGUCCAAGGAACGCAUGGACAUGAUGGACGAGUGGUGCACCCGAGUGCACGGCAAGAGCGGCCUUACGGCAGCGGUCAUCGAGUCCAGCGUGACGGCGCAGCAAGCCGCCGACGAGCUACUUGCUUACAUCCAGAAGUACGUCCCGGAUCGCAAGACAGCUCUCCUCGCGGGGAACAGCGUCCACGCGGACCGAGCCUUUCUCCGGAAGGAGCCGUACAAGAAGGUCACCCAGCACCUGCAUCACAGGAUCAUGGAUGUCAGCACUCUAAAGGAGGCGGCCAAGCGCUGGUGUCCUGAAAUCGCACGCCGGGUCCCGUCCAAGAAGGCUCUGCACCAGGCGCGGCAGGAUAUCAUCGAGAGCAUUGAAGAGGCAAAGUACUACAAGGAGGCCAUAUUCCAACCUGCCGCUAUUAAGACUACGGAGUGA